CCGCCCCGGGAGCCCGGAGCCGGAUCUACAAUCCCGUCCCUCCCGCUCCAGCGCUUGUUGCUCGCCGGGCCGGAGUUGGAGUGGCCGCCGCCAGGCAGCCGGGCAGCCUCCUUGUCCUCACGACUCACCUCCCCUGGGAGCAGAGGGGGAGCAGCAGCCCGGGCAGGAGUGGGGAGCGCGGUGUGAAGGGGGAUUGCCCCCCACCUGCAAGUCCUGGGGCGCUACGCAGCGGCGGGGGGAAAGACAUGCUACGUUUCCCCCUACCCAGCCUCGCUGCCGCCAGCUCCGGGAGAGGAGGGACCGCGGCGCUUACACCCGCAAACUCGCCAUAGAGAUCUCGGGGUGCGGCGGGGGGCGGGGCUCCCCAAUCCCGACGGUCUCCACCUCUCUGCGGGUAGGGCGCGGACGGAAGCAGCCAGAGGUGCUGGUGCAAUGGGCUUUUUGCCCGGGCGAGGCGAAGGGCAGGGGGCGGGGAGAACUGGAGUUCUCCGAUCUCCUGUGACCGUGACCCUACAGGUGGAGAAAUGAGGGUUUCUCGCUCUGCCCGAGACUCCCCUCCCGAAAAUGGCUCCAGGUGCCAGACCGCUAACCUUUCUUCCUCCUCUUAAAAACAAAUCGCCUCUUUCCGGAGGGGCUCUCGCAUGGCUUCCUGCCUUCCUCUUCCAACAGGUGGCUCCAGCCCCUGUCCGGGGACCUGUGCCAAUGACCCUAGUGGCGGUUUCGCUUUCUCCCCUCCCGGCGGCGUGAACGUGUGUCCGCAGCGUGAUGGGCAAUCAGGUGGAGAAGCUGACCCAUCUAAGUUACAAGGAAGUUCCCACGGCCGACCCGACCGGCGUGGACCGGGACGACGGGCCCCGUAUAGGCGUCUCCUACAUCUUCUCUACUGACGACGAGGACGUGGAGCCGCAGCCGCCGCCACUGGGGCCCGAUGGCGGCGGCGGCUUGCCCGAUGGCGGGGAGGGGCCACCGCUGCCCCCGCCGCAGCCCUACGACCCGCGGGUACAUGAAGUGGAGUGUUCCGUGUUCUACCGCGACGAGUGCAUCUACCAGAAGAGCUUCGGGCCCGGCUCGCCGGCGCUAAGCACCUACACGCCGGAAAAUCUGCUCAACAAGUGCAAGCCGGGCGACCUGGUGGAGUUCGUGUCGCAAGCGCAGUACCCGCACUGGGCUGUGUACGUGGGCAACUUCCAGGUGGUUCACCUGCACCGGCUGGAGGUGAGCAACAGCUUCCUAACGGACGCGAGCCAGGGCCGGCGCGGCCGCGUGGUCAACGAGCUAUACCGCUACAAGCCGCUGAGCCCCAGCGCCGUGGUGCGCAACGCGCUCGCUCACGUGGGCGCCAAGGAGCGCGAGCUGAGCUGGCGCAACUCGGAGAGCUUCGCCGCCUGGUGCCGCUACGGCAAGCGCGAGUUCAAGAUCGGCGGCGAGUUGCGCAUCGGCAAGCAGCCUUACCGGCUGCAGAUCCAGCUCUCGGCGCAGCGCAGUCACACGCUCGAGUUUCAGAGCCUGGAAGACCUGAUCAUGGAGAAGCGGCGCAACGACCAGAUCGGGCGCGCCGCGGUGCUGCAGGAGCUAGCCAUGCACCUGCACCCGGCAGAUCCGGACGAGGGCGACGGCGACGCGGCGCGGACUACGCCGUCCCCCGUUUGCCCCCCUGUGCCUGGCUCCGAAGAGGACCCGGAGGCGGUGGCUCACUGACGAGGCCCGGAGUGCGAAGCUGCGAAAGGGAGCCCUUGGUUGCAGCCGCGGCCCUUUCCUUCCCUCGCUCCCUCCCUCCUAACUGCCGUGUUCUGGGCCUCAUCUGGGCUCUUGGGCCUUCUGGAAAAGGGAGAGUUGGUGAAAUGCACAGUUGGCUGUGGCUUGAGCUUGCCAUUUUGGACGGGGGAGGAGGGAGGCGGCGGGAGCAGGUAGGAGUGGGGAUGGGGGGGUUGAAGCGACAGUUUUUUUUGACACCCCCCCCAAUCUGUCUCCCUUUUCCGUGGGUCAAAUUGUGGAUUUCCCAGGCGUUGUAAUUUCUCCUGAACCUGGGUCCAAAAUGGACCUUCUCGUGCACGCGGGAGAGGAGAAAAAAGUUCGGCUCCUCUAGUGCCGCUGCCUGCCAUUGCCUCCUCUCCGCUUUCCUCCCUCCCCCUGGGUUUUCAGUGUGCAGGGUACGGAGGCCAUAGCGGGUUAGCGGAGGCCCCUGGUCGGCCUGCGCCGAGAGCUGCUUAUCUUUCCCGCGGAGCUGUGCAUGGAAUCCGGGAGGCUGGGGUAAUUUAUUUUAUGGGAUUCCUGGUGUGCAGGGCUGUGAAAGCCUUGCGGGGAGGUCUAGGAGAGAGCGGCAGACCAAAACCAAGCUGCCGCUUAUUACGUGUAACAAAUAGUUGCGUAAACUGGCGCUACAAAGACUUUGCUACCUCCCUCCCCCACAGCCCCAAGUAAUUCGUUUUCUGGAGCUGGCUCUGAGCUGCGUCUCCAGCUCCUUCCUGCUCCACCCGCCCCUGCCCAGGUUACAAGUAAAUCAUUGUCAUGGGCCGGAAGGGGAAGGAUUCAAUUAAGCUUUGGUUCUGCUGCCUUUGUUUCUCGCCUGCUGUUGUAGACACGUAUAGUUGCAUUAUUUGUUAUCAAAGAAGGGAAUAGCCUUUUGUGUCACCGGUCUAAUUAAACCUGCUGGGCUAUGUUCAGUCACUGGUCACAGAUGGGGUUGGCUGGUGCCACCCCAUAAAAAGUACCCACUACCAAAGCAGCCAAGCAUGGCUGCCCUGGCAGGAAUCUGUUAUUCCCCCCCAUCCUCUCAGUCCCACUCUUUCUGAACAAUGAACAGAAGCAAAACCCUUUUUAAAACACAAGAUUUUGGUGUGGAUGUUGUGAAUUUAUUUUCCCUUCACUGCCCUCUCCUCCUUUUCUGCUGCCGAUGAAAUCUUAGUCUCCAGACUGAUUUCAAUGGUAAGAUACUUUUUUUUACUAACCACAUUUGAUGCUGUUUAAUUCAAAAUGCAAAAGUCGUUAUCCUGCAGCAGUCUCCUUGUUUUGAAAACCCCCUCCGGAAGGUUACUCAGUUAAGAGGAGUGACAUCAAUCAGAAAUGCCACCAUGUGUAAUCCUCACCAAAUCUGGUAAUAGAAGCACUGUUUGGUAAUUGUGGGAUCUUUUAGGGGCAGGUUAAGCUGAUAGUACUUGCCUCUGCUGAUGAGCUAUGAUGAGCUACUACUGCUUGCUUAACUGAAAUUUAAAAAUUUUUACCACCUGUGCUCUGUAUUCCCAUGAAUGAUGUGUGCCCUCAAUUUCAGAAUGCUUCUGCACAUUGGCAUUGCUAAUGCAAUCUCAGAAAUUGAAUAAACUUUGAGUUUUUUGUUUUUUUGCCCUCUUAGGACUCAUUAUAGAUGACACUGUACAAUUUUGUGACCUAAUUCUUAAGAUUGGAAUAGAAUCUUUCUUGAGUUUUACAACCGCAGGCCCCCCUGCCUGGAGAACCCUGAAUCAAGGCCACAUGACUUGAAGGAUUUUCCUAUAUACUUCCUUUUUCCAAACUCUGAAGUCAAGGUCAUAAUUUCUAAAGGUCUGGCCCUUCAUAACACCUCAGAAAGAAAUAUUUUAAUUACAAAGGCAUUAGCCAUGUUCCCUGCCUUCACAGUUACCACCAAACCAGGUCCUGUCACUUUCAUUGUUAACGUUCAACUACAAGCCCUUGCCUGGGUCUCUGGAGGAAAAUAAAUCUUUUGUUGGAAAUGCA